GUGUCAUAUUCUUAAAACGGGUCAGCGAUCUGUGUCGCAGUACUGCUCUCUGCCUGCGUCCUAUUUGCCUCACCAUCAAAACAGUAAGAACGUACAGGACGAUGCAAGUUUUAUGUGCGUUUGUUCUAAUGUCCCGCUAGUGUUUCUGAUCUGAUCGAGUUUAACAUCCACGUCGUGGAGGCCUAGAAGAUGCUGGGGGACGAUCCACCAUCCCUAUCGGUGGGUACUGAAGUUAGCGCUAAAUAUAAGGGUGCCUUUUGCGAAGCAAAAAUCCGUAAAGUGGUACGAUCGGUAAAAUGCCGCGUUACUUAUAAACCACAAGGUUUGGGAACUGCUACAGUUGCCGACGAUCAAAUAAGAGGGACUUUAAGAGUAGGUGCUUCCGUCGAAGUCAAACAUGUCGAUCGAAAAGAACUUGUGGAAGCUACGAUUACAAAAAUCCAAGACUGCAGUCAAUAUACUGUGGUCUUUGACGAUGGAGAUAUUACGACAUUGAGAAGAACCGCGCUUUGUCUGAAAAGUGGACGGCACUUUGCAGAAAGUGAAACGUUGGAUCAACUUCCGUUGACUCAUCCGGAGCACUUUGGGAACCCUGUAAUUGGAGGUAGAAGGGGCAGACGAUCAAGGCAAGCACAGGAUGAAAGCAGCGAAGAUGAAGACAGUCCACCACGAGGUGCUCGUGACUCGGCUUCCAGUGGAGGUGCAAAGGAAGGAAUGGAAACUGAACCAGAGAUUGGUAGAGUGGUUUGUGUGGAACUCGGCGAUAAAAAGAAGAAGGAUAAUUGGUUUCCAGGAUUAGUGGUCGCACCUACUGCUCAAGAUACUGUAAGAAUACGAGUGAGAGAUGAUUAUCUAGUGCGCUCGUUUAAAGAUGCCAGAUAUUAUACAGUGCCCAAAAAGGAAGCCACAGAAUUCACAAAAGAAUUAGUUAAUAAAGUUGAAAACAGUACUUUGAAGGUUGCAGUAGAAAAAGCGCUGCUAUUUUUAGAGAAAAAUGAGUUACCACCUCAUUGGGACAGGGAUUCCCUGUUUGGGCAUUCUGUUUCUAGUGGCAAUAGCGAUUACGAUGGAGAACUUGAUUCAGAUAGUUCGGACGACGAACCGCGUGAAGAAAAAGAUCAUUUUGUGGCUCAAUUGUAUAAAUUUAUGGAUGAUCGCGGCACACCUAUAAACGUUUGCCCGAUGAUUGGAAAUGAGGAUAUAGACUUGUAUCGGCUUUUCCGAGCGGUCUACAAACUGGGUGGCUAUAAUCGUGUUACAAAUCAGAAUCAAUGGAAAGCUGUAACACGACGACUUGGUUUUUCCAUGCAAAACUCGACGUCUUUGUACAAUCUUGUGAAACAGGCUUACAAGAAGGUUUUACACUCCUUUGAAGAUUUCUAUAGAAAAUUAGGCUGCACCAUGGUGAACCAUCCGCGAGGUAGCACGCGUAAACAACGUCCUGGAAGAAGUCUAAUCCGCGACAAAGACAGAAAUACUCCUAUACCGCCGCCAACACCAGCGCAAGUGAAAAACGACAAGGAUGAAGAUGAGAAGAAAGUCGUGGAGGAUGAGAAGAAAGAGAAGAAGGAAGUUAAAAAGGAACAAGUGAAAGAAGAAGAAAUUAAAAUUAAAAAGAAAGAAGAACCUGAGGGAAAUGGUAGUGGUCAGGAGAGCGAUGUGAACGUGGAAGUAGAUACUGAAUCAUCAUCCAAUAAUGAAAAAUCGCAAAAACCGACCACGCAAAUUUCUGCAUUAUCUCCUACUUCGUGUGGUACUACAACUACAUCAUCCAGUCGGACCAAGUCAAAAAGUAAAGAAGACACCAAGAAGAAGGCAACUGAGAAGAAGAAAACCGAAACCAAGAAACAAGAAAAGAAGGAUGAAAAAGUCAAGGAGGAAGAAGCCACCAAGACGAGAUCCAAGGCAAAAGAUGAUACUGUGAGAAAUAAAGGUGCUUCCGAAGGAAGGGAAACUCGAACACCAUCUAGAGAGGCUGAUAAGAAAACGGUGUCUAAGCAACGACGUUUAACAGAUGAAGAAUUAAAGAAACGAGGAAGGAAACGUAAAGAAUGCGAAACGGAAAAGUCACGCACAGAUGAACAGCUUACAGAGACCGCCCCUUGCUAUAAGGGUCCCGUAGAGUGUGGCGAUAAAUUGAUAGUAUAUUAUGGUCCAACACACGAAUCUAAAGUUACUUACGAAGCAAAAGUUAUCGAAAUAGAGAAGGAAGGUCCGGAGCCAAUGUAUCUUGUACAUUACACAGGCUGGAACAACAGAUAUGACGAGUGGAUCAAAGCGUCUAGAAUCGCUCAAAAUAUUACGCAAGCUCAAGGUAAAGUAAAGCGCAUCAAAGCAACUCCCAGGCCUCAAACUCCCAGCACGAAUUCAUCCAAUAAGUUGAAAGGUGCUUCAAGCGUUAACGCAACUCAAAGUCGUCGCCGAGCGCAAAGCGUCGCUCCUACUUCGACUAGCGCCGUUCAAUCAGCUUCAACAUCUACAAAGGAAACUAAGAAGGAAGAGAAAGACAAGGAAACAAUACAACCUAGAUCCACUACACCGCUGUCUAUCGCUAGUUGUAGCUCCAGAACUAAGAGUCCUGCCACACCCGCCAAUAGACCAACAAGGAUAACUAGAAAUGCAGAGUUAUCGGGAAUAGAACAUCGUAGGCGAACCAGGAGAACCUCAGGACAUACGGAUAUAUCUGUCGCAUCGGAAAGCGAGGAUAGUGAGGGUUACGAGUCUGAUACCACCGAGCCCGAGCAAACCAAAACCAGAUUAAGAGAAAAGACGGAAGAAAGAAAACGGAAGGAGCGAAGAGCAGAAGAGAGAAUUAGAACAGAUGAUGCCAGUGAUGCUGAGGACGAUAAAGACAACUUGGACGAACCACGUAAAGGUAGGCGUUUAAGAAGAAUGCCCGGUAAAUCUCAAGGCAUCAAAUCUGAACCUGAUAGCGACCAAGAGGAGCAACCGAAGGGUCGGGAUUUCGAUCUCAAUCAAAUACGAUCUGAAUUGAAAGGUUUCGACAAAGCUGUCAAGUUAGAGAUUAGAAUGGAGGCUGAGGACGAAAUCAAGUUGGACGAGAAGGAAAACGUGGCCGCGAUCACAGUGUCACCCAAGUUAGAGAAAACUAUCGAGUCUCUAAAGGUAGAAGUUGUUGAAACAAAAGUGGAAAACACGGAAGACAUAUAUGAAUUUAAAGAACCGGAACCAUUCGAGUUUGAAGUAAGAAAUAAAAGAGACACCAACAGUGAUAAAGAUAAAUUGAAGAAGAGGAUGUUCGAAGAGGAGAUGAAGAGUCCGAAGAAGAAGCAAAAAACGCCUGUUACAGCAUCGGUAGCAAAGGAAACGAAAUCGGAACUACCGGAGAACGAUUCUCGAAAGAAGCCGAGGAAGUUGUUCGGCAAGAAGUCUGACGAUACGCACGAAGCAGUGACGACUGCUCCCAACAAAUCGUCACAGGUCGCAUCGUGUAUAUCAUGUGAGGACGUUUUCAACAAACUGUGUGAUACAUCCACAUUAUCGUUCAAUCAAGUGAAAUCGACUAUCGCGGAAGAAUCUAGUAAUAAAGUAUCUGGCUUAAAUCUUUUGUUUAACGAUUUGCCGGCGGAUGAUGAAGGUACACGCGAAGAUUCCGAGGACCGUCUGAUAAUAUCAGAGACCGAGGUAUCGGAGACGGAACAAGAAAAUGUGUUUACAUAUCAACAAGAGAUUCAGUUCCAAAGCGGCAAAUCGCCGGACACUGCGGAAUCGAGCAAGAACGAAGCAAACACUUUAGUUGAAAGCGUGAAAGAAGAAACGCCGAUUAAUACGAGCACUAGUAAUAAAUCCACCAAUAUCCUGGAUCAGAAACAGAGCCAAGUCAAGCCUUUACCAAGUCAAGUCUCAGCUGGACAGUCACAAUCAGAAUUGAAAAUGUUGGAUUCCAAGUUGCUCGAUAUCGUUCCGGUUCCAUCGUCGAUCAUGAUACCGCCAGCUCCUAUAAGCGCACGGCUGCCGGCAACAUCCACAAUAGAAGAAAAGUUAUCGGCCGCGUUGGCGUAUAGAAGCAAAACUAAAGAUACCAAGAAGACUUUAGACGAGGAAAAUGACUCGCGCGUAAUGAAGACAAUGAAGGAAGUGUCUAAGAAAUUAGACGCUACUUUUCAAAAAGGCAAAGAUGCGGAUAUAUCAAAGAUCAAAGAUGAUAAUGUGGCCGAGGUAGAUAAAAAACGCGAACAGGAAAAAAUCACGAAUGAUGAAAAUUUCCGCAGAGAGAUUAUGCGCGUGGUUAAUGCACCUAAGCGAAAAGAAGAAGAACUAUCGAAAUCGAAGAAAGAAGCAGAUCCGAAGAAGUUAUCAGAAAAAGUAGUCGCUGAACACAAGACUAAGCUACAAGAUACCACGAGAGACGAAAGUUGGAGAAAUGCCGGAUAUGAGAUAUCUGAUAAAAAGCCUGAAGAAGAAUAUAAAGCAACGGAUCAGAAAGAGAAAGACCGAGAAAGAAUUGAGAAUCGUAAAAAACAAAUUAAUCAAGAUAUUAUAGAUUCCACAGAUAGUAGUGAUUCCGAACAAAGGCUCGUAAUAGACAACGAAGAACCACAAGACAUCAAAGUACCAACGUCUACUUUUGACGUAAAGCUACAAGCGGAAUUGGAUCGCAUAGAAAAUACGCAAGAGAGAUACGCGAGAUCGCAGGUAUUGAAAACUUCACAAACUGUCCAUCAACAGCAGCAAGAGCAGGAGUGUACUGAGUUCAAGACCGAUGUAACACCCGUUUUGAAGACAGAUGAAGAGGGUGAAACGAUGAAUUCGCUGCUAUGCGAAGAGGAGAUACCUGGCUCACCGGCUCCAAUGUCCGAGAGCAUCGAACAAGCCAAUAUCGAUCCUUCGUGCAGUUCGCCGAAGAAUGAAGUCACGGAAAACAGUAUAGUACUGAUGGAAAUGCCUUUCGCGAGCGCGCCGACCUCGGGUCAAAGUACAACGAGCAGCAGCACCGUUGCUACCCUCAGCAUGGCAUUGCCGAAGACUGUGGAAGCGUCGAUGCCGGUUUCGCUGCCAACGCAGCAAAACGCAUCUUUAAACAUGCGACAGUCACAACAGCAACAGCAGCAACAGCAACAACAUCAUCAACAUCAAUACAUGGCUUUAAUGCCAUCACAACGACGUGAGAGCAAUGAAGCCGCGCCGGUGAUGGAUAAUACACCGCCGACGACACCCGAUUCGAGCAUUUCCAACAUCUCAGGCUCACCUAGGGAGGAGAGAACCGGUGGUUCGUCGCCGAUGUCCGAAGAUAACAUCAAGCUCAAUCGCGAGAAUUCCGAGGUGGACAAUGAUAGCGCCGGCAAAGGACCGAGCUUCAGCGAAGACGACGCUCUACCCAAUUCUGAAAAUAACUCUGCGGACAGGAUUCCUAAGCCACCCGCCAAACGUGGAGUCGAUGACAUGCAGUCACCCAAGAAACGCAAGAGAAACAGAAAACAUUCAGAAUGCGGCAGUGGUGGAAACAGCACCGUUAGCGUUGGUGUCGGCGUCGAUGUUGGCGUCGGUGUUGGCGUUGAUAUUGGCGUAGGCGUUGGCGCCAGCACUGGUUGCAGCGGUAGCAGCAGCAGCAGCAGCAGUAGCAGCAGUAGCAGUAGCAAUGGUGGCGGUGGCGGCAAUGGUGGUGGCGGUGGCAGUGGCAAUGACAGUGGCAAUGGCAGUGGUAGUGGCAGUGGUGGUAACAGUGGCAGCGGCGGCGGGACGAUUCCGAAGAAACCCGGCAGACAGAACGGUAGGCAUGGUAGAUAUGGAGCUGGGAGCGACAGCGAUGACACUAGUGAGGGAUUCAAUCUCUGUAGUGUCAACAACACGCCGACGAAUCACACGAGCACCAUCACCAACGUUCCCGAUCUCAGUACUUACUCGUCAAGAUCACCGAGACCAACAAAGUACAAUUUUUAUGUCGAAUUGGAUCCUGAAUUGGACGGUAGUCAAAGGAUAGCUGUACUACAGCAGAAAUUAUCCGACUUACGUAAGACAUAUAAUGCCGUAAAGGUUGAACUUGCUACUAUAGAAAGACGUCGAAAGAAAUUAAGAAGACGAGAGCGAGAAGCAAUGAAAGCAGCUAAAGCAGAAAUGCAGCAGGCUUGUUCGUGAUAGACAACGCUGAAAGAUUAUUCUUUCGAGUACUAAAUGGGACUAUUGUAAGCAUUAUUCAAUUGGCACGGGCAUCAUGCAAUCACGCCAGACAAUUCAUGACAGUUUUUAUCUGUGUAAUAUUGCUUAGGUACAUUAACAUUUGUCCAUAAUCUUUAUUUAAAUAAACUGUAGAUAUAGUCGUAAGAUAUAGUGCAAGAAGGCGUUUGUUCCAUAAAUUCAUUCAUAUACAAUAUAGUUGUGUUAUUGUACAUUACAUAUUUCGUUAAUCUCUCUUUAAGGGCGUUCACUAUCUCUAGUUUAAUGGCGUUUUCCAGCAAGGGAUAAGACAGCACGAUGUAACUAACAGUGUACAUUAUGUAUAACACAGUGAAUCACCCUGUUGUUUAUCAAUCUAAUCUCUUGUUAGAAAACACCUUAAAUGCUAAAACUCUUUAUUUCAUUUUGUGACUUCACACGUUUGAAUGCAAAGUACAAAUGAUGAAAACUGAUGUUCUUUAUUUUGUUACUUCUCUUCCCUUUUUUGCUUCUAAAAAAAAAGGCUGAGAAAGCGUUAUCGCUUACGUUACUGUAAAGACAUCUUGGGGGAACAAAUAAUUAUAUAAGCUGGCUGUCACUUCCGUUUCUCGAGUACGAUUAUAUCGGUUGCAGUUGAGCUGUUUUCACAAAGUGUUGAGGAAAAGAUAAAAGCUAUAUAAGAAGGAUUUGUAGAAUUAGUCAAAUGCUGCGUCUUCGAUAUAGCAAAAAAGUGUAAAUACUAAAGACUAGCAAAAUUUCGUAAAGCAUUGUAUUGUGGGUAUGAACAUAAAUACAUAUGUUUGUACGAGUAAAUAUUGGCGAGAAAGUAUUUGUAUAUUAAUAUGCAUAUAUGAAAUAAAGGCAAUUUUUAGAAACUGGUAGACAAAAAGGAAAGAAUACUAUGUCUAUUUGAAUUUAUGUAUAUAACUUUGUAAAAAUGAUAUUUUAUUAAAAAAUACAAGAAUAUAUGAUUUGUAUGAUCGAUAUUGGUCGCGAUGCAUUUGGUGUUACAAACGCUUUAAAACAUAGAUUUCUUUAUUCUAAUUGAUCAAUCGAUCGCUUUGAAGCAUUCAUAGCUCUAAGUAAACCGCAGCUUCGACAUAUCGAUAUACGUAAAUAAAUAUAUAUAUUUCCCGUGAAAAGAUAUAUAUAUAUAUAUAUCAGGAUGUAAGACAUUUUCUUUUUUCUCUUCAUAAUUGACUGCAGUAAUCGUGAACGCAGCUCAACGAUAUUUUAUCUACUAUAUAUCUAUUGGUUUACUGAUUUCCAUAUUAUAUUUAGCUACCGUUGUACUUUGUCUAUCAUCAUUAAAUAGUUAUUAUAUACUCAUUAGUGUCGUACGUCACGUAUUGGAAACUCGUCAGAGAUGCAUUUAUAUUUGUAUUUCAACACACAUGUCGAAGAGUGCUUCAAGUUUAGAGAAAUUAGACAAAUGCAAAAAGAGUGAAAGUUAAUUGUAAGAACGCAUCGCUAAAAAUGCUAAAAUAUGAAUC